CCACAAUUAGUUAGAAGAAUGAAGUAUUGUUUUGGAUAUACACACCAGUCAAAGAACAAGCAGAUUAAACUACUGCAUCAAGUCCUUGAAAGGUCUCGUAUUGAUCUAGUUGUGUAGCAGAUUUUACAAAGCAGCAAUGGAAUCAUCUAAUGACUCAAAAGAAACAAUAAUGCUAGAAGGCCAUUCAUUUGAAGGAAGUAUUAAUUGUGACAAUUCUACAGGUUCUAGCCAGCCACAGUUGUUAGAAAAUGGGGAAAACCCUUCUAGAUCUGAACCACCUGUCAUUGUAGUGUCAAGCUCUAACCAGAAUUCCUCAUUUAGCAUUCCAUUCAGUCAGCUAAGAACCAUAGAUGGGCAGUCAAUUGACAUUGGUCAGCUGUCCAUUAUCAAUAGUCAGCCAUUACAACUGAAUUCUAUGGUGGGGGGAAGCGUUGGUGCACUGGGUGAAAUUUCCAUUAUGGGAACAUUAAUGGCUCCCCAAACUGGGGAAGAAAACCAGUUAAAUCUGGUUCAGUCAGUUUCCUUGGAUACUAAUGUCUCAGAGCAAGGGUCAGAGGGAUGUCAGAUUAUAGACUCGGACCAGAACUAUUCAUUCACCCCCAUCCAGAAUGUAUUCAAUGUCAUGGGAAUUUCACAUGGAUCUGAACAGAUAGAAAUCUAUCCCUCUAGUGUGAACUGUGGUCAGAGUUUAUCCACAGACUCAAAUGCUGAAACAGAAACAAACCAAGAAGUGAAAGAUGAGAGUGAUAAAAAGAGUACAGCUGUGAAGGAAAGCAGAAAUGUAAUACAGAAUGUACAGCUUUCCUGGCCUGAGUCGACCAGUGUAAGAAGUAGUAAUAUUCAGCUUGUGAUCCCAGAAGACUUAGCUGCCAUAAACCCAGAAUCCAAUAGAGACACAAUAGAAUUUACUACCAGUCAACAUAAGCUAGGUCUGACUGAUAAACAGAACAAUCCCAAAUUUGUAAGCUUGUUGCCUUCAAAUAUGAAGUUGGCAAAAGAGAAUAAAACAAUGAAAUUAGACCCACAGACAGAAAAUACUGACAUAAAUAUUUCUGCAGCUGAUAGCAUCUCAGAGAUGGAGGAUUGGACAUCGGACACUUCAGAGAAGGAUAAACAGAGAAAACAUCAGAUGUACUCGGUGUUUUUGGAUCAGCUUUCAAGGCAACAUUCAGCACUGGUGGAAAUGAUGGAAGUUUGUCACAGUGUUAAUUCACUAGAUUCUGACCAAUUUGAAAAAAUUACGAAAAUUUUCACAGAAAAACUGGAAGGCUUGCUUGAUUUUUUUAAUGUUAUAAAACCUCUGAUAGACAAUUAUUUUGGAAGUCUGUUUAAGGUUGAUCAGUCAACACAGACUGAAAAUACAUCAUCUGAUACAAAUAGCCCACAGUAUUCAAAUGUAUCUGGACGUAGAAUUCGACAAACAAAACGAAUUCAGGCAUACUUUGAACCAGAAAAUGAUUCCACAUACAGUCACUCUGAAGAGAGGCCCCAGAAUCAUAAAAGGAAGAGAAAGGCAGUGAGUCUUUAUGAAGAAAGCCAGCCAUCACCAAGUUCCCUACAGGAGAGCGUAUCUACAGCAGACACCAUCCAGACAGAAUCAAAGUCACCAGCACUCAGUGACACACAGGGUGAUGUCCCAAAUUAUGGAGAUGACAGACAGGAACUUGUAGCUUCAGAAGAAAAGGGGAAGACUGUUUAUCUUGUAAACUGUAAACAUCAACCUGGAUUCGAUCCAUCUACAGAUUGGGUCAAAGAUUCAACAGCAGAUCAGGACUCGUCAAAAUGUAAUGGUGGUGGAAGAACAAAGCGGGUGUUUAAAACCAAAAAACAGUACGAAGCUGAGGCCCAGUUCAAAUUCUUCUGUCAAAAUUGUUCUUUCAAGUCAAAGCGUGCUAGUCACUUCCGUCGACACUUAAAAUUGCAUGAUAAAAUCAGUGACUUGUUUGCUUGCAAGCUGUGCAGUUUUAAAACUAUUCGUCAAAGCACACUACGAAAGCAUGAGAUAAGUCAUAGUGUUGAUUUAGUCAAAUGUAAACAGUGUCCCUAUGUUACGGACUCUGAAGUUCUUCUCAAUCGACAUGUUAAUUUUAAGCAUGGCAGCAAGAAGAGGCAUUACAAAAAAGAUAAAAAUCCAGUUGGUAUGUACACUUGUGCUCAAUGUGGUGAGACAAUGACCACACUGUCUAAAUACAGUCAUCAUCUGAAAAUGCAUAACUCUGAAGCUAGCGCAGAAGACUUCACUUUCCAAUGUGAUCAGUGUAAUUAUAAAACCAAGAGGAAGGAGCACUUUAACCGACACAAGAUGAACCACUCCAGUUACAGACCACACCUCUGUGACACGUGUGGAAUGACCUUCAAGAGAAGUGAUACCCUCAGCCAGCACAAACAGGUUCAUCUAGAGAAGGUCAAACGCAAACUUGACUUUGUCUGUCAGAUCUGUAAUAAAGCAUUUAGAUCUAAGUGUCACCUGGCGGAACACAUGGCUAUGCAUUCCAACAGUAGACAGUAUCUAUGUGAUAUCUGUGGUGCCUCAUUCAAAACAAAAUCGUGUCAGCUGAAACAUGUGAAGAACAUACAUCAAAAUCCCAGGUCCUAUCCUUGUACUUUAUGUGAGAAACGAUUCAAUACAAACUUUGCUCUGAAGAGACAUGAACGAACACAUGAGAAUGAUUUGAAAGUGAUACCAACAUCAACAAAUGUGUUGGUCACUCAAAACUUUUUAGCAGAUGUUUCAGCACAAAGCAUAAAUCAAGCGGAACUUGUGCAGGCAACAGAUAUAAUCAUAGCUCCUUCUAUAGAAGAGAAUUAUGAGCAAACAAAUGACAUGAAAUUACAACAAGUCCUCAGUGAUAAUGCCUCAGCCAUUAUGUUUCUCUCCAGUUCACUGCCUACUUCAUGGAAUUAAAUUGCCUUUGUUCUUGAAAUCCAAAGGGUAGGGGGGAGGGGGAGGGGUAGUGUUUUUGUAUGUAUUAUGUUUUUUUUAUACAUGUACAUGUAACCUUCAGUACAUCUUUAGAAUUAUACAAGAUUAAUCAUAUUACCAAAGUCCCAUUCCCAUUCAAGGAAUAGGUUGUAUGUCAAGGUCAAAGAUCAUUGUGAACCACUGAGGUCCUGAUAAUUAAGUUCUUUUAGCAAGCUGUAUACAUGUAUUGUGAUAGUAUGGCAGAUCCUAUUUUGCUGUCAGUCAGUCUUCCUGGUUCAUAUUUUGCACCUUCUGAUGCCUCCACACUAGGUUAAGUUAACCGCAACUAAUUAAGAAAUAAUUCCCGCAUCAGAGGAAUUUUUGGAGAAUAUACCCCAAUAGUCAAGAGAGUUUGUUAAAUAAAAACCGAGCCCGAAGGGUAAGGUUUUUAUUUGUCAACAAAUUCUUGAGGCUGAGGAGUAUAUUCUCCAACAAUUCUGAUGACAAGAGAAUUACUUCUAUUCUGCUACGGGAAAUCUUUUUAACUCCUAUAUAGAGAAACAGAGAAGUAGAUGUCAACAUCAACAUAAGUGCCUUAUUACGUCACAAUUGAUUGCUACUUCUCAUUUAUUUGCACUGCACGCAUUAGAAAAAGUACGAGGAAAUCCUAAUCCCAGGUAAACUUUUUUCCCACUAAUUUGCGUCACAAUUAAAAGAGUCCUCAGUCCUUUUCCUAGUAAGAGAAGUCAAAAUUAGAGGAAACUGAUUUAAAAUUUUUGACAAUUUGUAGAUGAGUUUGUGAUUUAUUGGAGAAUAAUGACAGCGGCAUUUCUUUGAUCUUUGCAAUAACCGUUGUAGAAUGUAGAUUAACCUACAAAAUUACCCAUAUGGACAGAAUAUGUCUUUCAGUCAGAGUUUAUCACAUUGACCUCAUUCUAAUUAAAUAGAUAAACUUAUAGUUCACAUGUACAUCUUGUUCUCUGUAAAACCAAGGAUUAUCUAACUUAGUUGAUGUAUACUGGGGGAAAGAUAUUCAUGACCAGAAAGGUAGAUCCCAGUGAACACCAUAUGCUUGAUCUUAUGGAGGCACUAGCAAGUCAUUCAUAAUCACAAUAAAAUGAACUAUUUAGAGGAGUCAAGUAUUAGCUUCAGGUGAUCAGUACCAGUAUCAGGCGAAUCUUAAGUGCAUGCUAUAGAUAAAUUUAUAAAAUACAUUUUUAUUUUAAAUAAAGGAUCAUACUUGAGCUAUUGUAUGGUGUCACAGUGACAAUUUGAUAUUUUUAUUUGAAAAUGUCAUACACUUCAAUUUUAGAUAAAUCAGGGAACUGUGAAAUAGAUGUACCCUAUGAUGUAUUAUAAUUGUAAUAAUAUUUAUUUAUUCAGAACCAUUGGUUCAUUGAUUUUUGUGGUAAACAUAUAAUUUAUUUGUGCAAGAAUUAGAAUGUUAAGAUUAAAUUAUGGAAGCAA